GAAGUAUCAUCUUCAUAAAACAAAGUGAUAUUAUACAAUUGAAACACGCUUCAAUUCAACUCUAACACCCAAAAGUACAUACACUACUCAUUAAUUUUCCAACCAUGGUUUUGCAAGCAAACAUUAAUGUUCCACACUUUGUGUUAUUUCCUUUAAUAGCACAAGGCCACAUUAUCCCAAUGAUAGACAUAGCAAAACUCUUAGCACAACGUGGUGUUAUUGUUACAAUAUUCACAACACCAAAAAAUGCUUCACGUUUUACUUCAGUUCUUUCUCGUGCUGUUUCUUCUGGCCUUCAAAUCAAAAUUGUAACCCUAAAUUUUCCAUCAAAACAAGUUGGAUUACCAGACGGUUGCGAGAAUUUCGACAUGGUGAACAUUUCAAAAGACAUGAAUAUGAAGUACAAUCUAUUCCAUGCAGUUUCCUUGCUUCAAAAGGAAGGUGAAGAUUUGUUUGAUAAAUUGUCACCAAAACCAAGUUGCAUUAUCUCUGAUUUUUGCAUAACUUGGACUUCUCAAAUAGCUGAAAAACAUCACAUUCCAAGGAUUUCAUUCCAUGGUUUUUGUUGUUUCACCCUCCAUUGCAUGUUCAAGGUACACACUUCAAAUAUUCUUGAAAGCAUCAAUUCAGAGACAGAGUUUUUCUCUAUUCCUGGCAUACCUGACAAAAUUCAAGUCACAAAAGAACAGAUACCAGGAACAGUGAAAGAGGAAAAGAUGAAGGGGUUUGCUGAGAAAAUGCAAGAAGCUGAAAUGAAAUCAUAUGGUGUAAUCAUAAACAGUUUUGAGGAGUUAGAGAAAGAAUAUGUUAAUGAUUACAAAAAGGUAAGAAAUGAUAAGGUUUGGUGUGUUGGUCCUGUUGCACUUUGCAACAAAGAUGGUUUAGAUAAGGCUCAAAGAGGUAACAUAGCUUCAAUAAGUGAACAUAAUUGUUUAAACUUUCUAGAUUUGCAUAAACCAAAAUCUGUUGUUUAUGUUUGUCUUGGAAGUUUAUGCAAUUUAAUUCCUUCACAACUUAUUGAAUUGGCUUUGGGAUUAGAAGCAACAAAAAUUCCAUUUAUUUGGGUUAUUAGGGAAGGAAUUUAUAAAAGUGAAGAGUUGGAAAAAUGGAUUAGUGAUGAAAAGUUUGAGGAAAGGAAUAAAGGGAGAGGACUUAUAAUUAGAGGGUGGGCCCCACAAAUGGUGAUAUUAUCACAUUCUUCAAUUGGUGGAUUUUUGACUCAUUGUGGUUGGAAUUCAACACUUGAAGGGAUAAGUUUUGGUGUACCAAUGGUAACUUGGCCAUUAUUUGCUGACCAAUUUUUGAAUGAGAAACUUGUUACUCAAGUUUUGAGGAUUGGAGUGAGUCUUGGUGUUGAAUUUCCAUUGAAUUGGGGAGAGGAAGAGAAAUUAGGGGUGGUUGUGAAGAAGGAAGUUAUUAAAGAGGCAAUAUGCAAUGUGAUGAAUGAGGAAGUUGAAGAGAGUAAAGAGAGAAGAGAAAGGGCUAAUGAACUUAGUGAGAUUGCAAAAAAAGCUGUUGAAAAAGGUGGAUCUUCUUAUCUUAAUAUCACUUUGCUUAUUCAAGAUAUCAUGCAACAACAAUCAAACAUCAAAGUUGAAACUUGAAGAGAUAUGUAAUUUUAUAACAUAAUUUGUCAUGUUUUUCUUCUUCUUUCUAUCAUUGCAUAUUCUACAUUGCAAAGCAUGAAGUUAUGCAACAUGCAUGAAGAGGUAUUGAAUCAAUAUAAUAAUUAGUACUUCUAUAUUAUAAGAAGAGGGUACUAUAUGUUCUCACUUCAUUUUGUUUAUAUGUUGAAGAUUGUCUAA